AUGGAAGCUCUUGCAACGGCUGCGGCUCUUGCAGGACUAGUCGAUCUGAUCAUCAAGUACGGCGAGAAGCUCAUCGAAAGAUGCAAAGCAUACGCCCACGCCGAAACGGCUCUGGUCGAGUUGACCAUCCGCCUUCAAAAUCGGUGGUAUAAAGUCAAAGCCCAAGUUUCGGUCUUGAAAGAACGAGCGAAUGAACUCGAAAAAUCAUUCUUGUUGAUUCAAUCCAGGACUCUUCACGUCUUGGAAAGCAAGCUCUACCAAGCGGACAUUAGUGUGCAGCAUUUCCUACCACAAAACCAAACCACAGAAGGAGGAGGAGGAAUUAUGGGUGCCAUUAUCCUGCCCUUUUCGCACAUGAACCAGCAAAAGAAAAUGACCAGCAAAGCAAAGGCCGAAUAUGCGCUUCGUUUCAAGACUAUGAACGGCAUCGUCGACAGUAUCAAGGAUUGGCAGGCCGAAUUCGAUCCUUCUUGGUACUUUACCAUUGUGACACUGAAAAAAACCCUCGACGCUCCGCAGGAAGAUCGGCUGGGCGUCGUAAGGGGAGCGAGAGCUUUUCGAGAAGCUCGCGUGGGUGUUUUUCACGGGCAUCCUCCGGCAAAUGGUCAACUUGCCGCCGCUGCCGCUCAAGUAUUACCGGCAAAUACCGCUGUUCCAGAGGUCGACAUAUUCGUCCACCCGGACAUUUUGGCCUCUGAAAAAAGACUCCUAUUGUACUCUCCCUUUUCCGUGACCGAGGAGAAGAAGAAAAUGCCGAUCCCAGAAGGAGCCGAAGCCGAAGCUAGAGAAGAAGAAGCUUGGGAGGAAAACGAAGACGAGGAAGACGAGCAAAACUUGAUCGUCGUCGAGACCGUCAGAUACGGUCCGUACAUCGACAUCAAUCAGACGACGAGCAACAUUCGAAGAUUGGCACGGGUACUAUCAAGCAUUGACCCAAUGGUAUUUGGGCUGUUACGAUGUCGCGGAGUCAUUAGUUCCCAUCGUCUCGUCACUACUACUACUACGACGACGACGACAAAAGUUCAGAGGACCGAUGAUAUUCAAAUGUCCAUUCUCUUCUCGGUCCCAGAAGGUUUGGAUACGCCUAGAAGUUUCCGUCGCGUCUUGAUCAAUCAGACACCGUGCCCUCUGAACGAACGCAUCGACCUGGCAAAACGGCUUUGCAACGCGGUGAGUUUCGUCCACACUUCGGGAUUCGUACAUAAGAAUGUGAGACCAGAGACUCUACUCUUGUUUUCCGACCGCAAAGAUUCCAACAACGUCAAUGGUACAUCACCAUACCUGGGUCAUGCUUUUUUGGUAGGAUUCUCCGAGUUUCGUUUGGCCGAAGGACAAUCUUACCUUCGAGGUGAUGAUAUAAUGGCACGUAAUAUAUACCGUCACCCCGAUCGUCAAGGUUCACAUCCGUACCUCAAACACACCAUGCGACACGACAUUUACAGUCUCGGGGUGUGCCUUUUGGAGAUUGGGCUUUGGUUUUCGUUUGUGGAUUACGUCGAAGACUCGAGAGGUGUCGUUCGACCCGAGGUCUCGGACCGUCUCAGAGCCGCGGUCAUGUCACCAUUCGACGACGACCACGAAGGACAAGAACGGAAAAUCUGGACGGAAAAGGACGCGGUCAAGAAAGCAAACAACGUCAAGGCGGUCCUGACGAUCUUGGCCGAUACUCGUCUCCCCACCACCAUGGGCCAAGAGUAUGCCGACCUGACGGUGUCGUGUCUGGCGUGUGGCGAUGUUGACGAUGUCGACGACGACGCUGAUCCCGACGGUGUGGUUGGGGAAGACCAUGUGGGAGGUGGAAACGGAGAAAAGGAAAAAGAAGAAGGAGAAGAUGUCGCGCUAGGGGUGGGAUUCAUACAACAUGUCAUUCGGAGGAUUCACGAUAUUCGUGUUUGACUACCUAGGUAGAUACUUUCGUAUGGGGAUGGACGAUCAAAAGGGGAAAAAGGGCAAGAACCAAAAACAAAAGGGCAGUGGUAUCCAGUCAGUCCAGGAUCAACCAGGUUAACUUUUUGUUCGAAUGAGAAAAGAGAAAUCAAAGGGAGAAGUUGAGGACUCUUGUCAAAGUGUCGAGAAUAAAAUCAAGGGGGAAAUACCUACCAAGUCAGUUGCUGCAGUCAAGUAGUUGAUGGGAAAACCACCGGGAAGUGAGCAUUGAAUCUUUUGGCCUACCAUACCCGUAUGCGAAC